AACAUCAGUACACAACAAAGAACACUUACAAUAAACAUUGAGACAAACAUUACAAAAAAAAAAAUAGGGGAAAAAUAAAAAAAAAAACAUAUAAAAAAUACACGCAUCUUGCGAUCAGACAGACAAUUUGCAUUCGGUUCCUACAUCGCCUGUAUAAUGAGUCAUAUAGCCACAGUUAGCACACUCAGACAUCCUAACAAAACCAGAGUCAAAAGUGCCAAAAAGAAUACUGAUUUUCAGCCAAUUGCACCUGUGCUGUUGGCCACCCGCGACUAUGGCCUACUUCGUGUGAAUAAUACCGCCUCGACGCCACAUCCAAAAAAAUACGAAGGCCUUGAUAUGGGCGCGCUGUCGGCUCGUCUUCAGGUGCAACAAAGAAAGGAAAUGAAUAGGGAGUCAAGUAUUGAGAAGAAUUUAGCCUCGGAUUUCAGCUACGAUUCGCACAGACGGAGUUUUAUUGGUCAUUUGUCACUUGGCACACCGCAUCCCAACAAGGCUGUGGCCAUGAAUCCUAAAGUACUCAAAAAACGAAUCGAUGACCUUAGCUUUGGGAGCAGUGGUUCGACCGAUAGCGAAAACACGCCAAUAUUACGAAGUCUUCGAUCUAUACUAGCAGGGCGCUACCCGCAAAAUGUCACAGAUAUGGCAAAUAAGAAGAGGGUAACCUUAGUGACUCCACGCAUAAUUCACAGAAAUAGAGAUGAGACAUCUGAGUUUAACCAGCACCGACAAUCGCUCUGUAAGGCCGAAUUCACAAUAGCCAGAUACGGCAAGAAAAUGAGCGACCAUAUAAUGCCAAAGCAAACAAAGAGCGUUACGAUUGAUACUAAUCUAAUAUUAAAGGACUUGGAGGCGACAGAGGAAAUUGAGUUGUAUAUUCAGCAACUUGGCUUCUCGGGCAGCCCGGCAGCAUCGAAAAUGAGAAUCGUAAACGUAAAUAAAAAGAUGUUAAGCAGUGUGAAGCAGGAUAUAGCAGAAUGGGUCAAAAAGAGAUCGACAUUACUCACUACACUUCCAUCUAAACACUUUAAGUGACCAAGCGGAAAUUUCAUUUCAAAAAUAUCGAGCAUAUUUUCGAAUUGAGAGGCGACUCUCCGGUUAGAAGACAUUCUCGCUAUUUUUCCAAUGCAAUUUCACCACAAGUAAACAAAUACUAAAAAAAAAAAACUACACUUAUAAACAAUGGCGUAAGUCGAAGUAUGAUUACUCAUCAUAAAUCGUGAAAUAAAACGCAAUCGAAAAACCAAA